CGCUCCUUCCUCUUUACGAAUCCACCGAUCUAUUCCCUAGCCACCUUGACUUAGCCUGGGAUGUCGUCCCAGGUCAAAGCCCAAGAUCAUGCCGUCGGCGCUCCCUCGACAGGGGCAGACGAUGCUCCUCAGCCCGACAGCCUUGCCAAUGUGACGCAGAAGGAUGCUGCAGAGGCAAAUGCACUCGAGGCCAAGCUACAGUCCAAUGAAGACGCUGGUGCUCGAGUCAUGAACUUCGACGAGGAUGCCACCCCUGAGCAGAAGGCCGCACAAGCUAAAGCUGCUAAAGACAAAAUCAAGCCAAAGGGAGCUGCGGCUCAACAGAAGGCUGACACUGGCAUGGGCCUGGCGUCCGACCUAGGCAAGGCUAAGCACACCUCGUCCACGAUUCGCCUCGACGACAUUGACCGCACCAGCAAGCAAGAGGGCCAGAAAGGAGAUGGCACAGGACCAAAGGCGGGUGCUACCUCAGUCAGCGUCCCUCCUGAUGCCAUCACCGGUCAUACGGGCGCUGCAAGGGCCAUGCUGGGCGACAAGCCUCCUCUCAAGGCAGGAGAAGAAGAAGAGGUCAAGCCUGCGUGGGAGAACUCCAUGGUCUCCAAGUAUGUGCCCGAGGACUACCUGGGACGUUUCUGGUUCGACGGGGCUGCCGUCUUGCUCGCUGUCCUCACAACGUAUUUCCUGACUCGGUUUGGAGGUGGCAUCUUCGCCAUGCUCAUCGUCGGCGCUUUCUUUACGACGUAUUACAAUGCUUCUUCUCGACGAACCCGACAACGAAUUCGCGACGAUAUUGCGCGAGAGAUGGCCAAGAACAAGAUGCUCGAUGAGAACGAAUCAGUCAUGUGGAUGAACUCAGCCCUCGCCCGCUUCUGGGCCAUCUACGAGCCCGUUCUGAGUGCAACGAUCAUCUCGACAGUCGACGCCAUCCUCGUUCAGAACUGCCCCUCUUUCCUAGACUCGAUCCGCCUCACGACGUUCACGCUGGGAACCAAGGCGCCCAAGGUCGACUUUGUCCGUACUAUCGCUACCAAGACGGAAGAAGAGAUCUGUAUGGAUUGGAAGUUCAGCUUCACGCCCAAUGACACGCAAGACUUGACCGUGCGCCAGGCGGCGGCCAAGAUCAACCCCAAGAUCGUACUCACUGUUCGAGUUGGUCGUGGCUUCGUUGGCGCUGGCCUGCCAAUCCUCGUUGAGGAUAUCAGCUUUGUUGGCCAUGUUCGCCUGAGGAUGCAGCUCAUGAGCAACUUCCCCCACGUGCAGCUCGUCGACGUGUCCAUGAUGACCCCACCUGAGUUUGACUACGUUCUCAAGCCCGUGGGAGGCGACACCUUCGGCUUCGAUAUUGGCAACAUCCCAGGACUCAAUGGCUUCAUCCGCGAGCAGGUUCAUGCCAAUCUUGGCCCCAUGCUCUACUACCCGAAUGUUCUCACCAUCAAUCUCGAGGAGCUCAUGUCUGGAACGCCUCUGGACACGGCCUCGGGCGUGGUUCAGGUGUCCGUCUGGUCCGCUCGCAACCUCAAGGGCGUCAAGCUUGGCGGUGGCUCUCCCGAUCCGUACGUCGCCGUCACAAUCGACGACAAGGAGGUCCUGGCCAAGACGAAGCACAAGUCAAGCACGACGUCGCCCUCUUUCAAAGAGACCAAAUUCAUCCUCGUCAAGGAGCAGGAUGUCAUGAACGGCUUCCUCGUCUUGCCCGUCAUGGACUACAACGAUCACCGCCCCGACUCCAAGCUUGGAUCUGCCUCCUUCCAGCUAAAGUCCCUCGAGUCGCAGCCCGAGCAGGAGAACAUCUCAUCUCCCGUCAUCCUCAAUGGCAAGGAGCGUGGUCAGCUCGAGUAUUCGCUCUCGUACUACCCAGUCAUCAAGCCCGAGAUGGAUGCUGAUGGCAAGCCUCAGCCGCUGCCAGAAACUCGAUCCGGUGUGGUUCGCCUCACCGUCCACCAGGCCAAGGAAUUGCCCAAACGCUCCGGUCUUGUCGGCGGUGACGUCAACCCUAGGGCUCGCAUCCUGCUCAAUGGCUCCAAGAUCAAGGAGACGGCUACUCUUAAGCGCACCCUCUCGCCGAUCUGGGAGAUUCACACCGAGUUCCUCGUCACUGAGCGCCGUAGGGCCGUCAUUGGCGUGCAGGUCAUCGACGAUCACGGCGUGGGCAAGGACCCUGUCAUCUCGUACUUGUCCGUCAAGCUCGAUGACCUACUCACUGCGCGCGAGAGGCAACAGGACUGGUACCCGCUCACCAAGGAGGGUCGCCUGCGUAUGAGCGCAGAGUGGAAGCCCGUCCAGAUGGCCGGCUCCGUCAACGGCGGUGCUGCCUGGUCCCCUCCCAUUGGCGCCGUCAAGGUUUGGGCCCAAUCUGCUAAAGACCUCAAGAAUGUCGAGCUCGGAGGUAAAAGCGAUCCCUACGUGCGCCUCGUCACUCGCGGUAUCCAGCAAGACGCCAGCGUCGUCCGUAACAACAAUCUCAACCCUGACUGGGACGAGUACUUGUAUUCUACGGUCCACUCGCUCAAGGACCGCAUUCUCGUUGAGGUCAUGGACUACGAGAACAGCGGCACGCCUCGCUCCCUCGGAUCCGUCGAGCUUCAGGCCAAGGACUUUGCCUCUGAGACGGGCAAUCCAGAGAAGCCCUACCACUCGACUGGCAGGCAGACGCACAAGGACAAGCUGCACCUCGGUCGUGGCGCCUACAAGGGCGAGAUCAACUUCGUCGUCGAGUUCUUGCCGGCCGAGAACAUCAUGGUUUCCGACUUUGCCGGUGUGGGCAACGAAGUCGCUGACAAGGCCGGUGACAUCUUUGACGAGCCAGAGAUAGAGGAAGACGAUGUCGAAGCUGAUGCGGGCGCCAAGAAAGCCAUGACAAAUGCCAAUGUAUCGCUGGGCGAGGAAGGCAAGCCUGAGAAGGCCAAUGGGCUCACACGCCAGUCCUCAAAGCUGGGCAACGGCACCAAGGCUCACAAGGGCAGCGUCGACAGCGACCGCGCUUCAAUCAAGACAGUCGACACGGCGAAGACAUCCAACACGGUGGACGAGGCACGCGCGCACGGUAAGCAGAUGUCCGUCGAGGAGAUUCUCAAGUGCCAAAGCGGUAUCAUUGCCUUCAACUUGCUUGAGGGCAAUAUUGCGAAGAAGAACGCCCGCCUCGAGGUUCUCUUCGACGAUGGAUACUGGCCCUCUUACACCACUGAGCCCUCUCGCACGCAAGGGCACGCGACGAUUGACGAAGUGGGCGAGCACGUAGUCAAGGAGCUCGACUGGUCGAAGAUGAUGCUCAAGCUGCGCACGGGUAAGCGGGACGAGGAUGUCUUUGCCGAGUUCCAAGGCAACACAAAGGACGUACUGGAGCGCUCGUUGAACAAGGUGGGCGAGUUCACGCUCGCCUCCGACGCGGGCACACACCGCUCAACGAUCAAAAUGGAGUGCCGGUACAUCCCUUGCGACGUCCGCCUGCAAGCCGUCGAGUCUAUCAACAACCAAGGCUUCCUCCGCGUGGACCUGCUCAGCGCCAAAAACCUCCGUGCGGCGGAUCGUGGACUGCUGGGAGCGUCGAAGAGCUCUGAUCCGUACGUCGCCUUUAUGCUCAAUGGGGAGCGCAUCUUCAAGAGCAAGACGAUCAAGAAGACGCUCAAUCCUGACUGGGGAGGUGAGAACCUCGGUGAGGUUGAAGUUCUUUCGCGUGUGCAUGCCCAGGCCAUGCUCGAGAUCUACGAUUGGGAUCAAGUUGGGCAGGCUGAUCAUCUAGGGGAGUGCGCUGUUGACUUGACCGAGCUUGAGCCGUUCGAGUCCACGACGAAGACUCUGCCCAUUGUAGGCAAGGGAGCCGGCGAGAACGGAACCAUCACUUUCCGCAUGGUGUUCCGUCCUGAGUUCGUUUCGAGUCUGCGCGGCAGGAAGGGAACGAGCUUGAACCUGGGCAGGACCUUUGUAGGCGGCGUCACGGGUGUGGGCAAGGUGGGCGUGGCUGGUGUGCAGGGUGUAGGCAAAGUAGGCGUAGCAGGCGUCAAGGGUGUAGGACACGUCGGUGCUGGAGUAGGCAAGGGUGCGUUUGGCGUUGCUGGAGCUGCGGGUCACGGCGUUGGCUCAGUAGGUCGUGGCGUGCUGGGUACGGUGCGCGGUCGUCGCGCCUCAGCCUCGGCAGACAAGAACGCACAAGCUCAAGAGCAGAUCCUCGCCUCCCAAGGAGAGGACGCUGUUCCACCACUGCCCAACAGCGGCAAUGCCAGCGAGCUACCCGCCCUUCCUGGUGGUGUGGCCGGUGGCAGCCCGAGCCACUUCAGAUCUGCCAGUAACGCCUCGCGCGACGAUGUCUCGAUGGCGGGUGGGGACGGGACCCCAUCGAAGAAGAAGAGGGGUUUCAAUCCGUUCCACCGCAGUCAUAAGAAUAAGGAGACCAGCGCGAAUGGAAACGAUGGUGGUAGUAUUCGGGGAUAAGAGGGAGCGAGGAAGGAUAGCGAGAGCGGGCCCCACGCUCUGCAUAUGGAGCACGGUCGCGCAUCGGCGUGCGGUCGGGGGUGAGAAGGAGUGUGGCCUGGCAUUGCUAUCGCAGAUGGCAUAUAGCGCUAAUGACAUGUGUAGCGUGCAGCGACUGAAGCGCUAUUGAUUCUUGUUAUCGCGCGAUACCGAAGAAAUGAGAAACGAAAGAAUUUUUUCCGUCAUUCGACGGUGAGACGAAGGAUUAGGAAUGACGGACGGCCACUUUCCUCAUCGGUCAGGAACAGGUCGCAAGGACUAUCGGGCAGACUGUAGAAGAUCAUCUUCUGACGGCCCUGACGGGGGCCGCGAUAGGGAUCUACGCCUAAUCUCUCUCGACCGCGCCUUGAUAGGGCUAUAAUGAGCGAAU